CAAUGGUUCAUCAGUCCAGUACCCUUCGUUCCUCGGGUGGACGGCGACUUCAUUCCUGAUGAGCCUGCUAAGUUGAUCCUUGAAGGACGACACCACAUGGUUGACCUCAUGGCUGGAGUUACGAGAGACGAUGGUGCUUUCACUUCUCAUGCUAUGUAUGCCAUGAGGAAUCUUAUUAGGGAUCUGGAGGCUAACUUCACCACGGUUGGCCCAUUGAGUAUAGUCAUAAAGGAGGUAAUGGACGGGGAGGACGUGGUCGAGGUUACCAGGCGAGUGUAUCAACGCUACUUGGGUGAAGAACUUAACAUAGACGAGGAUCACAGUGAAGCCCUCACACAGGCUUCGGUGUCGCGCCAGUUCGCUCUACUGGUCCGAUACCACGCGCUACAACCCGUCCUAAGCCCGCUGGGACAAACUGUUUUGGUAAGCCCGCUCUCCUCCUUAAUUCCAAUACUACGAAUUAUCGCAGGUGUAGUCCUCCAUCCACAGGGCCGCAGUCAUGACAGCUCCACUGCUCUCCAGCCGGAUCCGCGCGGCACAAUCCUGGUGGGCAGCACCCUCGCUUCACACCCUUAUAUAGAGCCGGUGGGUAAUAUACGGUGA